AUGGAAGAGAAAAUGAUAAUGCAUUAUAGUAGCUUUCAUAAUAUUUUGCUUGUGGGAGAGGGAGAUUUUUCCUUCUCACUCUCCUUGGCAAGGGCAUUUGGCUCAGCUGUUAACAUGGUUGCUACCUCUCUAGAUAGUAGAGAGUCUCUAGUGCUGAAGUAUGGAAGUGCAUCAAGUAACUUGAAUGAACUCGAAGCUCUUGGCUGCACCAUCUUGCACAAUGUGGAUGUUCAUAAUAUGAGUGAACACCAUUAUCUCAAUAACAAAAGUUUUCAUCGAAUUAUCUUUAACUUUCCUCACGCUGGUUUUGAUUAUCGUGAAUCCAAUGACUUCCAGAUUCUGUUACACAGAAGAUUAGUGAGUGGAUUUCUUAAAAGUGCUAAAUGCAUCUUGGCUCCAGUUGAAGGAGAAAUUCAUGUUUCACACAAGACAUCACACCCAUAUAGUAAAUGGGACAUCGAGGGUCUGGCAGAAAAUGAGGAAUUGGUUUUUAUUGAAGAGGUGGAUUUUCAACAAUCAGAUUAUCCAGGUUAUAGUAACAAGAGAGGUUCCGGCUUGCAAUGUGAUCAGAGUUUUCCUAUUGGAAAGAGUAGUACUUUCAAAUUUAUUACUUUUAAAUCUUUUGGUUAUAUUGAUUUCAUGUUGCCUUUUUUCUAA